AUGAAGAAUGAACCAGCUAGAAGACGCCUUGCCCGUAUAAGGUGUCUUCUAGAGAGUAUAAAGCGCAUUGAACAAGGAAAGAGCUUACCAUUACCGCUCUGUUUUGUCUCGUCGGAAGUGGAGUACGGUAGAGAAGAAAGCAGGAAUCCUUCGACAUUGACCAUACGGAAGAAGCCACACAAAGACGGACAAUGCGUGGGAGAACUACCUUCUGCCUCUAAUCUUCAGGUGUUUGCAUCAGGAGAUGAAUUUUUUAACAAUGAUGGGUCUUGGAUAAAACUUUGUCAGGUAUGGGAGUGGUUAUUAGCUUAUAUUAUUAUGUACCCGGCCCCGGAAUUGAUUAAAAAACUCAAUACAUUGUUUUCGUAGACGGCUUAAGUCAUUAGAGGAAGGGAAUUCUAGUCUUAACCUUGUCCUUUUUGUAUCCAGGCCAUUCAAUAUAAUUAUAAUACGGAACAUGUUAUAAUAAUUCCUUUUUGCAAGUACUAUUUUUUAUGUCUGCAGAAAUCUUUGCAGAAGUACUGUUCAGGUAAACAAGCCAAAGAAGGCUGGGUUCUUUCUGUACCUUAUGAUGCCAAACAUGGCGUAGGUGCUCCUUAUUUAAAACCUACAGAUGUCAAGCCAUCGUCCAAAGAAAAAAAUAUAGCUGUUAAAAGGUAAAGUAUUUACAUAACGAAGUAACUAUAAUUCAGAGAGUCCUUAUUAUAGAGAGCAUUGACAUGAUGCAGGCUGGUUGCUGUUGCAGAUCUACCUACCAAUCCUUUCUGAUACAAUUGUCUGUUAUUAAGGUUAUUAAAAUAAUAUUGGACUUUGAAUCUGGACGAGAGAUGCUGGAUGUCUGUAUGCAGAAUAUCUGUGGAACCAUUGACAGACUGGCAUCUGUUUAGGGGGAGCAGUAAUAAUUUUUGAUACCAUUUACUACUACAAACAACAAGCCCUAGACUGUUUCAGGCAUUCAGAUAGUAAGAAGCGGCAGAAAGUAAAAAAAGUGAGGAAAAAUAUAGGUGGGACUGGGGAGAGUGACGUUUCCUCUCUUCCAUCUCUCUCUUCUCUCUCUACCUCCCUCGUUUUCAUUUUUGUUGUGCCCCUUUUUACUUCAAGCUACUUUUCACUAUCUGAAAGUCUGAAACAUGCCACACAAGCGUCUUUUUGACUCAAAUGGGCUUGUACACUGUUGCCUACUUAGCAACUUGCUACCCUCCUACUUACCUACCUGUGCACUUAUCCAUCCAACCACCCACCCACCGACCCACCUACCUACCUACUUAUCUACCGUCAUAACUACCUACCCACUUACCUUCAUUCCAACUAACCCACCUGCCUAUCGAAUUCUGUCUUAGGGAAACAAUAGAAAAUGCAGUGAUACAAUUUAAAGGAGCUAUGGUGUAGAUGAUCUUUCAUAUUUUUGUAUCCCCUUUAGUUGGCAAGAUGCAGUGGAAAUAUGUUAUGCUCUCAGAAUUACUGACCCACCCUCCAUUGAGAGGUUUGCAGACAAAGAAGCUAUGCAUCAACUGAGCUCUCCUCCAUUAAAAUGGAGUCUAGAUGCAGAUGAAGAGCUAGCCAAAUUUAUGGCUGAACAUGUUAAUAAACAUGAGGCAUCUCUUGGGAAUAUCAGUAGAUAUGUUGAGUCUAUUCAAGUGUCUUCUGUAAGUCUGUCAUUGUAAUUGCAUGCAUGUUGGAGAUUUUUUAAUGGACAAAAGGAGUUCAGCUGUUGCGCUAAAAGUGUGUGAUCCAGGAAUCCGCUGCUGGUUUUGAACAGUGUAGAACAACAACAACAACAAAAAACUAAACAAACAAAUAUAAAAAGUAGGACACAUAAUCAACCCACACAACACAAUGAUUAAUGUAACUGCUGAAUAUCAUGCUAUUAAAUGCUGAGUGGGGUAGACCAUUACUAUGAAGAAGGGACAAAGCUUCAUGGAAUCUCAACAAGGGUCUAGACCUUCUAGCUCUCUAUGAGUCAGUUGUCAUCUCAACAGUCAGUUGAAUACAGUUGCUGAUAAAGAUUAAGUGAUUGGAAUGUAAUAUUUGAACUUUAAAACAAAAUAGUUUAAAAAAAGAGUAGUAGCAUACAGGUAAACUGAAAAUAUUGCUGUAUUUUUGUGGAAUUGAAGGAAGAAGAAUCCAAAGAUGCCUUGACAGAUGGUGAUCCAGAUACUUACUGGGAAACAGAUGGCAGUCAAGGCAGACAUUGGAUCAAACUUUUAAUGAGACCAGGCACUGUUAUAAGGUUAGUAAAUGUACGAAUCAAAUUGAAACCUUAAUAUUUCUUCCCUGUUCUAAAGUAUAAAUUAUAGUCAAACCUUGACCAACUACCACUUUGCAAAUGCCAUUUAUCCUUGUCCCAGUAGAUGGAUUGUUUCAAAACAUUCUCUAAAAACAUCGUGAAACUUCAUCCCUCUUAUUUUAAUUUUUCUACAUUGGCCACUUACAUUACCGGUAAUUUUAUUCUCAAGACGGCCAUUGUAUUUUGGUUUCACAACUCUUAUAGUUCUAUAAUUCACCAUUCAUGUUUUAGCCAGCACAUUUAAAUGUUGCCAACCUAACUGUUGGUGCAGCUGAGUUUUAAAUCACAAUUUGUUGCUCUGUACAUGGAUUCUUUGCCAGUUGAGCAGGCAGCAUUUUUCAGGCAUUCAUCCACCCAAUAUUCUACACAUUACUCAAUUGUUUUCGUUGUUUUUAGACAACUUUCUAUUGGUGUAGAUGCCAAAGAUGAUAACUACAUGCCCCAUCAUGUUGUUGUCAUGGGAGGUGAUUCACAGUCAAACUUGAAAGAAAUCGGUGAAGUUUUUAUUGAAUCGUAAGUUGUUAUCUACAAUUUUUUGUUUCAUUUACAACUUAGUAAUAGAUGUAAAAUUUUUAGUUCAGAUUUUGAGAUUUUAACUGUGACCACUCAAUCACUCUUCUUGUUUAGUUGGGAUUUUUUUUGUUACUUUUUUUCCUACAGGACUGUUUCUGGAGAUGUGUGUGUAGCAAAAGGAGUGGGCCAAUACUAUAGCAUAAUUCAAAUCAGAAUUAAAGAGUGCAAGGGUAGGCUCCAAAAUGUCUGCUUCAUUUAAUCCAUUUUUAAUGACUUUGUCAGCACAGAUCUGUAGACAAUAGCCUGAAAAUCACCUCUAGACACUUGUUAAGGAAAUCCUUUUAGCUUUAACAGAUUUAUUUACAUCCUUAUGUGCCUCAUAUUUGUUGAUAGAUGAGGGCAUAGAUACCCGCAUUCGUAGCAUCAAGUUAAUCACGGAGAGUGAAAGAGAACCAGGGCUUAACAAGGAUUUAUUUACCUCUUCUGAACUUGUAAGGUAAUAAUAAAUUUUUCAGUUGUGUAUUAAUUUUUUGUUGAUAUGUGAAUUUACAUUGUUGAUACUUUCUGUGUGAAUAUCUAAAAAAGUGAUAAUAAUAUGUACUUCCUCCAUGGUUGGUUAUUGGAAUCUCUUAAGGUUUCCAAAGCCAUAAGUUAAAAGAUGCAAAUGAAUGUAACUUUAAUUAUUUGAGGAGUUUAGUGUGAGGCUAAACCAAAAGAAAAUGCUCAAAUAAAUGUUUCUUCCUCAUUUUGUACAUUCUUACUUCAAAUUAACAGAUUUAUCAACAUGAUCUAGAACACAGACGGUCGUGGGUUCGAAUCCCAUCUGGGGCUCAGAUUUUUUUCUGUGUCCUCUUAUGGUUGAUUCUUUACAUCUCCCUUUAUUUCCUUUAUAAUAAAUUAUUGAUAAUAGAAAGAGAAUGAUAAUAAAUUUGCAGCAAAUGUCUUGUUCUUGAAGGUCAUUUGAAUAUUUGUGUAGAAAUAAAAAAUAAUGAUAACGGUUUAUUGAUGACUUUUCUACAGAGUAGCUUUACAUUUAUCAAGACUAUCUAACUAAUAAAAUAUAUUUAUAUAUGUGUAAUAUAGAUAAAAAUGAAAGUACAUGUAGGUAUAUAAAAUAUAUAAAAAAAAUCUGCGGAGGGAGGGGUGGUGGGAGAGAGUUUUAACUCUCAUUAUGUGCUCAUUGUCAACUAUAUUAUUAUUCACAGGUUUCCUAAACUAGACGCUGUUGAUCCAGCCCUACUAUACAGAAGGGCACAAGCUUUGCUCAGGUAAACUGUGCUUGCAAAUGAGAUAUAAGUCGAAAAAAAUGAAAGAAAAUGUGUGAUUGUAAUAGUUAGAGUAUAUUUCUUUUUAGAUUUACCGAGCUACUGGACAGUGUUUUACAUUAUUUACUGCCUUCUUGGAACUACUCAGCUGGAUCAUUUAAAGACUUAGAGGUAUUACACACAUUAUUUGUUGCCGCAGAAAUGGAAAAUGUAUGAUGUCAGUGUUUUGUGUUGAACAUUAUGUCAUCGUUGAGGCAGUUUAACAGGUGAAAGAUCAUGAUCUGAGAUGAUCUUUCACAUGUUAAAUCUUUCUCCCACAGUUCAUUUGUAUGUGUAGACGCAGUUUGUUUGUUCUCAAAUCAGGAUGGCAUCAGUUUUGUAAUGCCCUUCUAAACAGAUGGGACAAACAGUUUUCAGUUUUUCUUCUUAGGAAUCCCGCUGGGCAGGAGAACACUGGACAAAGACAGCCUUUAGUCCAUGGGGAAAGUUUGAAAUAGCUUGAGUAUUAUUCCUUGGCUUAUCAAGUUAUUUUUGUUGUUUUUUUCACAACCUAGAUCACGGUGUUCCACCUAGUACACGUACUUGCAAGAUAGUUAGUUAGUAUACAGUAGCAUCAGUAUUUUUACUAGUUGCAUAAUAUUUUGUUUUCCAAGCUGUUGCUGCUAUUUAGGCCAUGUUGCCAUUCUCUGGCAGGUGCUUCAUUUAUUAUUUUUAUGUCACAUAUAUUUGUUAUUUCUGUUUUAGGCCAUUCGUCAGCUUCUUCCCUUGUCAAAGCACAGAACCAUGUUAAUCGACAAAGUCAUCAGAGAAUCUCAAUCCAGGUAUGGUGCUUUUUGCUAUAACACAGCUAUGCUCCAAUUUUGAAGAAGAACAUACUGGUUAAGCAUAGCAUUCCAUCCAAGAGGAAUGACAUUACUUUACAUGUACAUCAUUAAAAUGUAGAUGUCCAAUCCUAAUUUUUCCCAAUUUCUUAGCCCUCCAGCACACAUGCCAAAGCUGUUCAUUAACAGACGCUCAGCUGCUGAACACAGAGCAGAUCCAACACAAGAUCCAGAUGCUAAAUGCUCAAUAUUUAAUCAGGUUAGCAUUCAGUCUUAUAUUCUCCCUUCAUACCACAAGCAUGUACAAGGGAAACAGUACAAAAGAAUCUAGCAGAUAUUUAGCAGCGACCUGGGCCCUCAUUCCAGGUGCUCCUUUAAUCUCAAUUCCACUUCCAGGUGGCAUCAGUAGUUGUGAUGACUGUUGGUCUAAACAGGGAGCUUAAGCAACAAUGAUGGCGACAGUUACAGCUAUGAAAACAUCAGUUAAAAAGUGUGUUUGUGCUGCUUCAAACUUAAUCACAUGUAUUCCAUCUUGUUCAAUUUCUCAAAUGUUGGCAAAUUUUUCUAGAGUUGUGAUCUAAAGGACUGUAUCACAGUUCAGAAAAAGAAAAAGAGGGUUGUUGUCUUGAGCCCACGUCCUCCACAAACAUGAAAUUAUGCAGUUUCACUUCAUAGUCGUGCAACAACGGCAAAGAAACGUACAAAGUUGUUGUUUUGCCAAUCUAAACCUAAGUGCUUUUUUGUCGUUCUCAUUCUCAUUGCCAUCACCAUAGAUUGAGUAUUUAAUCCCAUUUUAACUUAUCAAGUUAUUUACUCAAGAACUUACAGUGUUUUUACCAUUUAGCCUUUUACUAAAUGCCAGUAAAAGUAUGUUCAUGCUGGUAUAAAUUUCGGUCCCAGUCUCUAGAACAUUUACUUGCAAGUUAGCUCAGCUAGCGUAGUGCAUUAGUAGCAGUAUUUACCAGUUUUUCAAAGGAAGUAUUUUUUAUCAUUUUAUUACUCUGAUUUUCCCUUCAGCUUUAUGAAGGUUUGAAGCAAGAAAAAUGUGGGGUAAAGUUGGAUUACAGGUAGGAUACAGGUGUAUCUCUCCUCUGCAAUUUAUGUUUUACUUUCUCUGUAUUCCCUCAGGAUUACUCAAGCCAAGUCAGGAUAGGAGGAAAUGAAAUAUCAGUAAAUUUUCCUGUAUCAUUGUUCUAUAGGUGGUCUUCUCGAUAUGACCAAUGGUGGGAGUGCAAAUUUUUGUCCGAGGGAAUCAUCGAUCAAGGUUAGUCAGCCUUUGACCAAAUGAUGUGUUGUCACUUUAAGGUUGAGUUUAUGGACAUUUUGCCAUACUUAUUAUACACCGGUACCUUGUGCUUGCCUCAAGGACCAUGGGUAGGGAAAGGGUGGCAAAGACACUUUAUUAUACUUGCAUGCAGCACCAUCUCCUGUCAGAAGAUUUAGAGACAUUUGACACUACUCACAUAGUAAUACUGUAAUCUUUUAGGUGGUGGGUUUAGAGACUCCUUAGCAGAUGUUGCUGAAGAGCUUUGUCCAAGUUCCACCGAUGUUCCUAUACCUCUACCUUUCUUUGUUCGCAGCCCCAAUCAGGUAAACCAAAACUUAUUUUUCCAUACAUAUGAUCCAUUAGUGAGGUUAGUGAGGCUGGUUUUAACAUCAGCAAAAGAAUGUCAAAACUCUUGAAUCUGUUUUUGGAUUGAUUCAUUUGUUUUUAUAUUCAUGGCAGGAUUAGCUCGUUUGGUAGUGAGCUUGACUGCAGGGUGAAAACUUUUGCCCCUUUUCAAUAUAAAAAUUCUGGUUUACUUAGUCGCCAUUUAAAUUUCUCUAUGAUUUAGAUUUAAAUUAAUUUGCAUAAAACAAACAUUUAUCUUAUCUUCUGCAUCAAAGUGCAAACAGACUGAAACAAAAUGCAUUUAAGUCCAAAUAUCUCAUGGAUCACUUAUUGUAACUAUAUUCAUGGUACAAACUUAGCUCAUUUUUCCAUUUGACUGCUAAGCGGGAAAUGUCAAGGGUUUGAUUCCCGGGGCUGGACCAAUACUCAGGGUCUUAAAAUAACUGGGAAAUGAAGGUAUUCCCUUUGCACUGCAACCGACUACCUUCGCAUGUCUCGGAUGGCCACGUAAAAUGGCAGUCCUGUCUCCAGUUGGAGACAUAAAAUUUGUGUCCCAAAUUAGUACCUUUGUGUCAACUACAUUAUUUGACACGCAAAAUAAAUAAAGUGGUUUUUUUUUUCCCAUAGUAAGGAACAAACGUUUUACAGUAACAGCGAUAUUAUUAAAUUUUGUGUGUUUAGCACCUAACUCUCCUCUCUCUUUGUUUCUUAGCUGCAUGAUUCUUCAAAUGUGAACAGAGAUGCAUAUGUGCCUAACCCUUCAUGUAAGCAGUUCAGCAAGUUUGAAUGGAUUGGCAUGUUAAUGGGGGCAUGCUUAAGGAGCAGCAAAGAACAUCUGGUAUGAAGUAGUUUUUGGUUUUCUAGUUGACCUUGUGGCUGGCAAAAUGAAAUCUUCAUUUUCAAUCCUCAGAAUCAGUUAUAAAACAAGUCCUGCAUUUCCAACUUUCGGAUUUGUGGAUGGAAUUGUUUGUGUAUGGUCUGACCACUCGAAGAAAACAUUUUUGGCAGUACCUUUGUGUUUAUGUCACUCAGAUUUGUUACUCUUACUACCUCUACAAUAAAUGUCUGGCGGUGUCAUACACUGCAUGUGCAACAGAAUGUUCAACUUUGCCUCCUGUAACUACAUUACUGUACAAACACUCAAUUUUCAAAAAUGAAGGGGAAACAAAGGGAGUUUGAAGUAAUAUAUCAAACAUGAGAUGCAGUGUUUCAUCACCAGAUGAAACACUGUAAUUUUUGAUUUACUGUUUCAUCUGGUGAUGAAAAUCUUUUGAAUUUUCAAAAAAAUCAUUUUUGAAGGAGAAAUUAAGGAUGCAAAAAUGAGCAGUUUUUCAUCUGAUAUCCAAACACUCAUUAAACAUUAAUUUCCUUUGAAUUUUCUUUAUGAAUUAUUAAUGAGUUUGAGAAAUACUAAGUACACUUCACAAACUAAGGGGGCUAGCUAACUGUGUUUGUUCUUUCAAGGUUCUUUCACUUCCGUCAUUUGUCUGGCGACAGCUUGUUGGAGAAAAGGUCACCUGGUCUCGUGACUUCAUGACAAUAGAUUUGGCUCAGGUGUGUGUAUAGUCUGCUUCACAGAUGUUUUUACUGUGGUCACACAAUGCUCCUCCUAAGUGUUGCGUGACGACACUAAAAACAGCUGUGUUAAGCAGACUAUUGUGUGUACAGAAUUGUUUAGUUGCAUGUGUAUGGCUGUAGGUAACAGAAAGUGUUGGUGUUUAACCCAGAUAGAUGAAACCAGGCCUUAUUUUGCAUACACAGAAAGGAGUUGUAUUAUUGUUAUUAUCUACUUGUCUACUUCCUUCCAUGCCAUCAGGUCAAGUUACUUGAAUCACUAGAGUCAAUGGACAAAGAUUCAUUUAAUAUGAAAUUUGGAGGAGUCCUCACUUACACGACGGUAGGGGCUGGCUUGUGUAUUUUUUACAAGGAAAACACCGUUCUUGAUUCAGAUAAUUAUUUGACUCAGGCAUACUGACUGAUUUGCCAACUGUUUGACUGACCGACCAACCGACCCAAUGACCAACUCGGACUUAAUGAUUGACUAACUGAUUGACAGACUGACUGACUGAGUAAUGGAUUGACUGAUUGAAUAAGUAGUGAACAGACUGCCUGACUGAUUGAUUGAUGGUCUGACAACUUAACUGCCCGACCGACUGGCGGACAGAGAGACAGAAUAUUUCAUCAUCUUGCUAACUGAUCAACAGUCAGUCUAUCAAAAAGACUGAAUGUACUGACAUUCCGAAUCUCCAGAAAGUGAUUGUGUUGUGUUGUUUCUUUUUUCCAUGACAGGUUUUAAGUGAUAACACUUUGAUAAACCUUGUGCCUGGAGGAGCUGAUAAGUUCGUUGAUUAUGAAGAAAGAACCGAGUACAUAAGGCUGGUGCGAAACUGCAGGAUGGCUGAAGGAAAAGCACAGGUAUGCAAAUUUCCAUAACCGACCGUGGUUAGCCUGUGGACUGGCUCUUUUGUGGGAGGGGUAGGACGAGGAGAAGUGGAGAAAGCGCUAACAAGUCGGGGAGAGCGAAAAGGGAAUUAAGUACAGGGGGUGGUGGAAGGGCGAAUUAUUCCCCUGAGAAUUAUUCCCCUGAGAGUUCGCAAGCAAACGAUUCGUCUGAAAACUGUUUACUUCUAUCUUAGCCGACAAGCAAGAUUCAACUGUAACAGAGUUCUUACUUCCGUUAGCAUGCCCAUCUAUUGCUUAACAGCCGAUGAAAUUAGGAGUUCCCGCAGUCAAAUUCUUGCAUCAAGCCCACUUUUGGGGAAAACGUUUCGCCUACUUCACCGGAUGUAUCGGGUCAGAAGGAUUCGAAAAUCAAAAAAAUGAUAUCCUUCACCUUUGGUUUGUAUUUCAAAAUUAUACGUGCAGCUUUUUGUCAGUUCGUAAAAUGACCACUGCGAACUGUCUUUUUCUUCUCAGAUCGAGGCAAUUAGACGAGGCUUGCUUAAAGUUCUUUCCCAAGCUGUGCUCGACCUUCUCACUUGGCAGGAACUGGAAAGGAGAGUCUGUGGUGACCCCGAGCUUACGGUUGAAGCAUUGAAGAAAUGUAGUAAGUAUGACAAUAACUAAUAAAUGCGAAGACGAUCAUCGCAGAUGAAGACACAGCUUAUGCAGCUGGAAGAAGAAAGCCCGAAAAAAUUCAGGCUUGCCGGGAUCCGAACCUCGAAUCGGCACCGGUAUCGCCCUCUGCGAUACCGGUGCAGCGCUCUAACCAAUAAGGCCAGCAAGCUAGCGCGGAGAUGGUCAUUAAAUCGGUGAUGAAAAGAUGAAUAUGAAAUACACCCCGGCAUCGCAGAAGUCAGGGUUUCAACUGAAAGAGAAACUCCCCCCCCUCUUAAUCCGGCUCACUGCUAUCAAUUUUGUUUGUACAAGAAGACAUGUUUCCGUCUUCUUUCAGUGCUCCGCGCAUGCACUCAUUCUUAACCGUUUGUUUUUUGUUUUUGUUGUUUUUCUUUUGUAGUGCAAUAUGAAGAUAUUUCCGAAAAUGACAAGCGUGUGAAGUUUCUUUGGAAGGCACUUGAAAAUUUUACAAACGGUAAGCUCCGCCUUUUUUUCUUUGUUAACGUAGUUUCUACUUUGGAUGUAAUAGGAAAGUCGUGAUUUUCGGGAGCGAAAAUCUAAAAUAAGUUGUUGAUUUAGACAACUUUAUAGAAAGAUUACCUGUAUCCAACAUAAAAAUCAGCGGAAAUUCGCCAGCUUGCCACCGGAAAUCCCGCUGGCGUAAUAACUUAAACGUUGUCCAGUGAUCUCACCUAGAAACCUUAGAAAUCUACGAAAUUUUCAGAAACAUUUGAGUGAUAACUGUCGGUCAGAAAUCCCUUAAGUAAUCGAUAUGUAAUGUUGUUCUCAUACCUGAAUGAUGUAUUGCCCCUUCAGAAAGUUGUUGAGGCUAACACAACACUUUACUAAACAAUUUUUUUGCAUGUUAUUAUUUUUCCCCCAGAUGAUCGUAGCCGUUUUCUUCGUUUCGUGACCGGAAGAAGGAGACUUCCAGCACCGCUCUACAUCUGCCCAGGAAGAAGGUGAGGGAAAUCCACAACAAACCACAUCAAACAAAAAUAUAAUAGCUUAUGAAAUACUAAAAAACUAACGUUACCUCGUGAAAGCUGUGACAGAGAGGUUUCAUAUGAAUAGUCACAUCACAGGAUUUCAUCCACGGACUUGAAAGUUAGAAUUGCAGUGUACGUCUGCAUGACUCUUAGUGAAAGGAAAUUAGUGUCAAAGAAAAGUAGUCUGUGUACAGACGCCCGCUCCCCUCCCCUCCCCUCAAAUACAGAGACUACAGGAAAGUGUCGUCACCAAAUCAUGCGUUUAUCGUCAAUUUUAUCUCAUUUCAGUUCAAUCAAAAUGGAUUCUUUACCUGAAGCAGCCACGUGUUCCAGUACUCUGUUUCUACCGGAAUAUUCAAGGUAUGUAACAUGAGGAUGUACUUUAUGCCAUUGCAGAGAGUGAAGUGAGGGGGCGGGGAGGGGUGGGUGAGGGUUGGAAUUACAAAAGCAACUGUGUGUCUUUUUAAUGUAAUAUCAUGGAUGAGCGUCUAUAGGACGGCUGGACACCCUUCUGGCAAAACCUUGCUGCUUGCAAUCCCUCAGAACUGUCGCGCGGGCGAACAUGUCGCUUGCUCGCUCGCGAUUAACAUGCUCGCCCGAGGGACUGCUAGCAGUCCACCAAGAAACUUAAAUGAACAGAAUACGGAAAAUUUGAUUAGCGGCAAACUAAUUAUCCAGACCUCCAACGCAACAGCAAUAGCCUUUGAUUUGUUAGGGCAAGCCUUUGAAAUACAACUGUUUUUUUGAAUUGCAGCGCCAAAGUAGCAGAAGAGAAGAUUCGUUACGCUGCUUAUAACUGCUUAGCGAUAGAUACCGAUGUGAGCCCUUGGGAGGAAUGACCGAGUUCCCGAGACAGCGUGAUCGUUAAUCGACGGUCGCACGAAAAGAAACGAACACUUCCGAAAACCACGAUCGAUGAAACGUAUCUCCAGGGCUGUUUAUCUUAGGAAUAGAACUGGCGGGAAAACGAAUGAUGAUCCUGUGGCCAAUCACAACAAACUUUGACACAAAUGAACCAAUCAGAUCGCAUCAAAAAUGUAACCGGAUCAAGCGCGGGAAAAUUCGCGCGACUGGGACGUCGAUGGUUUUAGUUUUACCCCUGACAGGCUAAAAAAUUAGCGGGAGAUUCUUAGCCAAUCGCAAAGUGUUAACCUUGUCAAUCAAAUGCAUCAUUACUAUUGACUCUGUUGAAAGCAGCCCUCUCUAGGACGUCAACAUCGUUAUCUUCUAAUCAUUCUCUUCGUGCCCAGUCGCACAAAGGGCGCGAAAUGACAUAAUUAUAACCCUGGUUUUUUUUUUAAUGUAAAGCUAAGAGCAAUCAUUUUUGUUUAGACUUUUUUAGAUUCGUUAUUAUGUCAGUGAAACUUAUGAUUGCCUCGCUGAAGGCACUUGAAAGUUUUCCCUUUUAAGGCGGAUAGUUCGUCUGCUCGAUUGAUGAUGCCCCAGUUAAUAAUUCAACCCGCAUAAUGUACAAUUGUUUCAAUAUAUUUUCUUAAUCACAAAUUUUAUAUGAAAUGUUGCAUAAAAAGAUACUAUAUUACUAGAUAUAUGCAAUUUAGAUCAUUCCAAAUAAAUUCAAUGUACACCUCUAUACAGGCAACUUUUUUUAUGUCUGUUCUGAUAACUGCUUGUUGCCUUGCAUAUCAGGCGCCGGUUGGCGAGGAGCACUUUCGAGAACACUCGCGCGAAGGGCACGUGUUUGAAAUCCUUAUGUGCGUGAGGCAUACCCCUAUUCAUUCCACUUAUGCUUUUAUUGACAGUUUUUACUUUGUUUGAUUGUUGGCUCUUCACAUGAUUGUCCCAAAACCUACCGCCUUCUCAAAUGUUAGUGUAAUGUACCCUUUGCCUACACGGGGC